UAAAGUCAUAAUACAAAACAAAAAUAUAUAUUGCAGGUAUUUAGAAAUGUUUUUUUUUUAUACAUUAAACAUAGAAAACUUAUUUUAAAAAAUCUAUCUUUAAAAAUAUACACAGUACGAAUAACAAUUUACGUAUUCAGUAAAUAAAUUAAAAUAUAAAAAUAUAUAUCAACGCAUAUAAACAAUUUACACAAACAUAUACGCAUAUCUGUGUAUACGUGUUUUUUGUAGAAUCGUAAUUUGAACAAGGAAUCAAUCACAAAAAUAUUUUUGUAAUUUAAGAAAAAGUUUCCACUUAUUGCCGCUUUUAGUCAUUUUAUAUGCGUUAAUCUCUAAGCCAUCAAAGUUCUAUAAUUAAAAGAAAAUAGGAGAAGUGAAAUAAUAAAAUAAAAAAAUCAGUCAAAUGAUGAUGCUAACAACAGAACACAUCAUGCAUGGCCAUGCCUCAUCGGUUAGUCAAAGUGCAUUGUUUGGUUGCUCCACAGCUGGUCAUAGUGGUAUCAAUCAAUUGGGCGGUGUAUAUGUUAAUGGCCGACCGCUGCCGGACUCUACACGUCAAAAAAUCGUUGAGCUCGCCCAUUCGGGUGCUCGUCCCUGUGAUAUAUCGCGUAUUUUACAAGUUUCCAAUGGCUGCGUUAGUAAAAUUUUAGGCAGAUAUUAUGAAACUGGGUCAAUUAAGCCACGUGCCAUUGGUGGUUCAAAACCUCGAGUUGCCACCACACCAGUUGUACAAAAAAUAGCUGAUUACAAACGUGAAUGUCCAAGCAUUUUUGCGUGGGAAAUACGAGAUCGAUUGCUUUCGGAACAAGUAUGCAAUAGUGAUAAUAUACCCAGUGUGUCAUCUAUCAACCGCGUUUUAAGAAACUUGGCAUCACAAAAAGAGCAACAAGCUCAACAGCAAAGUGAAUCAGUAUACGAAAAGCUACGAAUGUUUAAUGGACAAUCUGGUGGUUGGGCGUGGUAUCCAGGUAACACGACAACUGCUCAUUUAGCCCUACCUCCAACACCUGCCGGCGCAUCCUUAACAAGCCAAAUAACACGCGAAGAACUACUUAAGCGAGAUGUAUUUUCUGGAGAUCUAUCCCAUGCUAAUUCGCAUGAAAGUACCUCAGAUGGAAACUCCGAUCAUAAUUCUUCCGGCGACGAAGAUUCUCAAAUGCGUUUGCGUCUAAAACGUAAAUUACAGCGUAAUCGGACAUCAUUUACCAACGAACAAAUCGAUAGUUUGGAGAAAGAAUUCGAGAGGACACAUUAUCCUGACGUGUUUGCUAGAGAAAGGCUGGCAGAAAAAAUAGGUUUACCAGAGGCACGUAUUCAGGUGUGGUUUUCAAAUAGGCGUGCCAAAUGGCGUAGAGAAGAAAAGUUACGAACUCAGCGACGUUCGGCCGACAACAUCGGUCAUAGUGGCAGAGCAAGUGCCACAAACACAGCCGGUACCAACUCGGUUAUAAGCACCGUUAACAAUGCAUCAUCUUUAGUCGAAAGCAAUACAUCUAGUCAUACACCCAAUUCUAACAGUAGUAAUACGACAAACGAUUCAGCACCAACUACGGCAGCGGCAUCAAGUGUACCUACAAAUAGUACAAACGGAGCACCUAAUAUACCGGAAAACAGUGGCGGUAACACCGGCGUUGGCCAUGUUAAUUCUGUUAGUCCGCCUCUACAAACAGUCACAUCUAGGUUAUCAUUGAACUCUGGCUUUAAUUCAAUGUAUUCACCUAUUUCCCAGCCAACAAUGGCAGAAACUUACAAUUCCAUGACAUCGUCGCUAAGUUCAAUGCCAUCGCCAUGUUUACAACAACGUGAAAGUUACACGUACAUGUUUCAUGAUCCGCUUUCUCUAAGCUCACCAUAUGCUGCUCAUACGCGAAACUCAUGUAACCCAUCAACGGCCCAUCAGCAGACUCCCCAGCAUAGUGUAUAUGGUAGCAGUUCAAGUGCUGGAGCAAAUAAUUCUGAUAACCAUACGUUUGCAGGCGUUAUUUCCGCUGGAGUGUCUGUACCAGUACAAAUAGCAACACAAAGUAGCAGUGAUUUGGCGGGCGCGAAUUAUUGGCCGCGUCUUCAGUGAUCUACGUUCUUUGACUUGACACCACAAUUGCUCACAAAGGCUGCUGGUGUGUCUCACAACAACAGUCCUAUCACAGCAACACCGUCAAUUGUUGUCCCUUCUUCCUGCAGUGCAAACCUUGAUAUAAGUAGUACGAGCGCAACGGCUGCAGCAUCAGUAGCUGUUGCAGCAGCUGCUGUAGCUUUGGAAGCCGCGGCCAGCAUAGCUAACAGCGAUGCACCAACACACCCACAUCAAAUCACAUCAAGUAUUUAUGACGAGCGUACAUCAUCUCCUUUAAUGUUGACUAGCUCCAAUCAGCAGCAUCUGUCAUCCCAUGCAAAUGAUCUCGAUGAGUCCUUGGAACAGGGAUUUACAAAAACCUUUGAAUCAUCUACGUCCAAGUCUGUAGACCAGCGACUGUCACAACAGAUACAUGCCCAGUAUCAUCACCAUCAUCACUAUCUUCAUCAUCACCACCACCCUCCUCAACACCUCUCCAACAACGAUCAUCAGAAUAACACCAAUAAUAAUAUCGAUUUAUGUUCUAGAACGUUACGACAGCACCAACAACAAUAACACAAAUUGUUUCAUCUUAUAAAACAAUAGUUAAGCUUCACGCACAAUUAUCCAAUUUAUGAGUAUCAGCAACAACCACGGGCAUGGAUAUGUAGAAGAAUCAAGCAUGAAAUUUAUGCCGAAAUUAUGUUUUUUAUUUAUCUUUAAUAUCUUAUUCAAAGCAGUUUAUAGAGUCCAGUGUCGAAUGUUCUCAAUGACAAAAUAAGGAAACAAUUAAUUAUCAGGAUGUUUGACAGCAGGACUGUUAAAAAGGAUUCUCAAUAUACAUUUUUUGUUUGACAUUAGAUUGUCACAUUUGUUAUUAACUUAUUUAACAGAGAGAGAGAGAGAGAGAGGGAAAAGCAGGACCGAAAUGUGUUUUAGUACUUUGUUUAUAAUUUUUGAUACAAACUGCUGACUUGUUAGUACCCCAUGGACCGAAACGCUAACAUAGACACUUUAUUUUUCAGACAAAAUUAAUUUUUAGGAACUCAACGAAAAAAAUAAAUGGAAAUAUAUAUACAUAUGUAUAUGUAUCUAAAGUAUAUAUACAUAUUUUUUUAAAUCUAUAUAUAAAAUAAAUCUAUAUAUACAACAACAUAUACGCAUACGAGUAUAAAUAUAGUUCAAUAUUCGUACACUUAGUACUUACUGAAUAUGUACAUACAUAUAUAUUAUAAUUAUUAUUAUUACACAUAAGCGAAACAAUAAAAUGUAUCUGAUGGUUCUGACCUUU